AUCUAAAGCCCUUCACAGAAGGAGAGACUGUCAUUCAACGAUUAGUGCCUUGAGCUAUCCAACCAACAACAUUUCAAGCCUGCUACCUUUCAACAAAUAACGUUUUAUUUAUUAUUAUUAUUAUUAUUAUUUGUAGUUCAUUUCAGGAGGACCAUAAUUAACGUUUUAUAGCCGAAUACUGAAAACCGAGUGGAUUUUUACUGACCUCAAUCUCAAGAUGUCUAUACUGCCAUUCACUUUCCCGAUUGUGAAGAGGCUUUUAGGCUGGAAAAAGGGCGAACAGAUAAAUGGACAAGAGGAGAAAUGGUGUGAAAAGGCAGUGAAAAGUCUCGUAAAGAAAUUGAAGAAGACAGGACAGCUGGACGAGUUGGAGAAAGCCAUCACGACCCAGAAUAUCAACACCAAAUGCAUUACCAUACCAAGGUCUCUAGAUGGUCGUCUCCAGGUGUCCCAUCGCAAAGGCCUUCCCCAUGUCAUUUACUCUCGUCUGUGGCGUUGGCCAGACCUGCAGUCGCCCCACGAGCUCCGGGCCAUAGAGCUGUGUGAGUUCGCCUUCCACACCAAGAAGGACGAGGUGUGUGUCAACCCCUACCAUUACCAACGCGUCGAGACACCAAUCCUCCCUCCUGUCCUGGUUCCUAGACAUACAGAAAUCCCUACAGAUUGUCCUAUUUUAGACGACUACAGCCAUUCUAUCCCUGAGAACACCAUCUUCCCCGCCGGCAUCGAGCCACAGAGCAACUACAUCCCAGAGACCCCUCCUCCUGGGUAUCUGAGUGAGGAUGGAGAGGCUAGCGACCACCAUCUUAACAACCUGAUGAACACAGGCUCACCUAGUAACCUGUCACCAGAAUCAGCCUCACCAACACACAGCACUAACCUGGACCUACAGCCGGUAACGUACUGUGAGUCAGCGUUCUGGUGCUCUAUGUCCUAUUAUGAGUUGAACCAGCGUGUGGGCGAGACCUUCCAUGCCUCCCAGCCCUCUCUCACUGUCGACGGGUUUACAGACCCCUCCAACUCAGAACGCUUCUGUCUGGGACUACUGUCCAACGUCAACCGCAACGCUGCUGUGGAGCUCACACGCAGACACAUAGGCCGGGGUGUGAGGUUGUACUACAUCGGAGGAGAGGUGUUUGCAGAGUGUCUUAGUGACAGUGCCAUCUUUGUCCAGAGUCCCAACUGUAAUCAACGCUAUGGCUGGCACCCUGCCACUGUCUGCAAGGUCCCUCCAGGCUGUAACCUGAAGAUAUUCAAUAACCAGGAGUUUGCAGCUCUGCUGGCCCAGUCGGUGAACCAGGGCUUUGAGGCCGUCUACCAGCUCACCAGGAUGUGUACCAUACGCAUGAGCUUCGUCAAGGGCUGGGGCACCGAGUACCGGCGACAGACCGUAACCAGCACCCCUUGUUGGAUUGAGCUGCACCUCAAUGGCCCCCUCCAGUGGCUGGAUAAAGUACUGACACAGAUGGGCUCCCCCAGCAUCCACUGUUCUAGUGUCUCCUAAAUACACGCACACAGGUGCGCAGACAGAACAGUCAUUCUGGAAAAGUACCUUUUCUCUCUAACUAACUAACCAGGAAGCUUGAAAAGACAGGCUGAGUGGGCCGGGGAAGCUUAUAUUCAUGAUCUCGCCUUGACUGACAGCUCUUUGAAUGCCGAUUAUCAAGCAACUUGGAUGCAGUGAGCAGUGUUGGGAGUGAAAUCAUCUCAAGCUAAUGUGCUGAUACACAAGGUAACUCAAACAGCAUUGAAAAUGCAUCAAUUAUGUCAACAACAAAAAUUCAUACAUCCACCAUUUGGCAUGUCCCUUGUGAUGCAGUUCCCAGCAGCACUGACGGAUGUGUUGACAUGACAACUGCAUCUGAGUUUUGAACGACCCUUACCCUCCUUUUGUUCCAUGCUGGCUGAAGACCUAGCUAGCCAGUCACUAGCUAACACCAGACAUAAAGACCUAGCUAGCCAGUCACUAGGUAACACCAGACAUAAAGACCUAGCUAGCCAGUCACUAGCUAACACCAGACAUAAAGACCUAGCUAGCCAGUCACUAGCUAACACCAGACAUAAAGACCUAGCUAGCCAGUCACUAGCUAACACCAGACAUAAAGACCUAGCUAGCCAGUCACUAGCUAACACCAGACAUAAAGACCUAGCUAGCCAGUCACUAGGUAACACCAGACAUAAAGACCUAGCUAGCCAGUCACUAGCUAACAACAGACACAGAUGAAAGGGGAAAGUAUAUAUAUAUAUAUAAUAUAUAUAUAAGUAUAUUUGCCAUAAAUUAAUAGGUUAAACAUUGUAUUAUAUAUGCUGACAUCCUACAGUCAAAUUGUGGCACCAGUAGAGUAGCUAUCUAGUUAUAUAAACCACACCCCUCUGCAAACACAUCUUCUCCAAUGUGGUUGUUAUUUAAAUUAGUUACGAGAAUAUCACGUGACCAUUGGUGUAUUAAAAUGAGAGUUAAGGUGAUGUCACCUUAAUAAUGAAUCCAAGUGUUUGACACGUGGGACCAGUGACUUUAGGAUCAAACUUCAUCCGUGUAGAAACAACAGUUACUUUUCAUACUUUGGUCAUUUCAUCCAAAAUAACAUCACAUUUCAUGAAGAACAUGAAUAUUUCUCUCAAAUCUGUGAUUUAAAAAAUAAAUAAAUAUGUGUCUGGA